AUGUCUUUCAUAUGGAUCCUAACUUUGUUCCUUACAAUCAUCACUCUCACAAUUGCAAGUAAUCCCAAUGAACAUAUGAUGACUGGUCCGAACCAACAAGGACCUAUACAUAGAAAGCUCAGCCUGGGACUCGGUUUCUUCUCCCCUGCUGUUGGCAUUCUAGGAGAACGACACUCAAAUCCUCCAACUUUAAGAAGGCCAGUUAUACGACUUGGAGUUCCUGGAAUUCAUGUCCCAGCUGAAGACCACAUAGGUAGUGGUAGAAUCCCAAACUUUACAAUUCGACCACCUCAUGGAUUGUAA